GAUGCCAAUAACCGCGCUCACUAUGAUAAAUCGCAUGGUGUAUUGAAUGAUUUAUCAACCAGACAUUAUCCCUCUCAAUCCAUUGAUCGAUCAUCAAACGAUACUGCACCCGAAACCAUGCCUGGCGCUUUCUCUUUCAACAAGACAACCAAUUUAAAUGAUGACACAUACCAUGAUAACCUUGUUGCUAAUGCUCAAGGUGACAAGGAACCUAUGCAUUCACCUAGUCUUCAAACCGAGAAGCGUGGCAUGGAGAGUCCUUUGAUUGGCGAUCGUCAUAAUGACGCAUCUUUCCGCUCGAAUGUGAUGAACACUUUGAAUAAUGUUCCUAAUGAUACAGAUGAUCGAAAGAACUUUAUGCCUCUUGUUCCUGAUGAAACCAAUGGUUCAGAAGUACUUCCUUCCCCUUCUGUUGCUCAAAACAAUGCUGGUUCUACUCAUACGGCCAACAAAAAGGAAGGCUUGCUUGACUCUACUCUCUCAAAGAUUGGCUUAAACAAUGCUUCCAACACACAAGAAUCAAAGAGCACUACUGAUAUUUCAAAUGAUGUCUCCAAGACAAUUUCUUCUGGUGUCCAAAAUGCAAAGUCAACAGUGACAGGUGCUGUCAAUUCUAUUGUGGCUCCUGUACAAGAACAACUCAAGUCAAACGACUCCAAGCCCAAUUCAGAAGCACCUAGCACUCUUAACUACUUAUCUAACAAAAUCACUCAAACCUUUCCCUCUCUUGUCCCAAGCGACAAAGACACAGCUGCCAAUCAACUAGAUGAAGUUGCUCAGCACGUUCAAGAAGAAAAAGAAAACAAGAACAAGGCUGCUGAUCAAUUGAACGAAUUGGGUCGCCGUGCUAAAGAAGACGACAAUAUCAUCUCUACUCCUGCACUCUCAAAUAUGGAAAAGCAGCUUGACAGAGAUAUUCAAGACAAUCAAAUUCCAACUACAGAUAACACAACUGAGAAUAGCAAGAACAUUAAGGCUUUGGUUGAUCAAGACACAUCACUUCCUCGCUCUAUGGAUGGUGGUGAUUUUAUGUUAGAGACUGCUAACAAUGAAACUUAUCCUAACACUCAACCUAACCUCAGAUCCAUGGCUGGUGAUAUUGCUCCCAUUCCCAAGUUACCUCAAAAGCCUUCUUUUGAAAAGGCAGACUCAUUCAGUAUCAUCUCUGAUCAAUCUGGCUUGGCCUCUCCUCCUCCUUCCUUGAGCUCUGGUCUUGCAUCUAAUACAAGUACGCCUGUCACAAGCACUUUCAAUAAACCCAGAGACAUUGCCAACUCACAUGAAGAUUUGACUCCAACUUCCGAAUCACCUAUUGAUCCUAUUGCCAAACAAAGCUCUGGAUUGCCUUCUCACGAACCCCGUAACAACAGCAUCUCAUCUGGCUCUCACAUCCCUGCUGUAUUGAGUGGUGCUACAGCUGGCUCGGCUGUCCCCUCUGGCUCUGAAGUCAAAGCUGCUUGCAAGAGCAAUCGAUUUGAAUUGCCUCCUUUCAACAAAGAACACAGUGGUUGGACUCCCGAUGUAGAAGUACCUGAAUUUACUAGUAACGAUGACGUUGAUGUUCCUUCUGGUCAACAACGCGGUAGUGAUGCUAGCUCAAGCAGUGUCUUGGGUACUCUUUCUCUUGGAUUGGAUAAGUUGCGAAGUGGUGUGAAUGGUCUUUUAUCUUCUCCAACUGACAAGCACAACAAUGAGACCAAGGACACUCCUCAUCACAUGAAAGAUGUUGAUGUACCUGGCUCUGUUGAUGAUGAAUCUAUUACUCCCUCUGUUCCUCGUCAAUCCAGCGCAAACGACAUGGAACCUGUUCCUAUGGCUGUCACCACUCCUAAGACAGACGAUGUUGAUAUUGCAGAAGAACACAAAGACUCCAAUGAUGAUUCUGAAUUUGGUUACGCCAAGAUCCUUGUACCUUCAAUCAACCCUGUGGAACAACUAGCAUCUACGGUCAACACUAACUCUAUGCCUGGCGAGGCUCUCUCUGAGGAUACAACCCGAGUUCCCCCAAUUGAGCAAAUCACAGCCAGCAAGAGCAAUGCAGACAGAGAUAUCUUGCCUGAAAAACCACUCCCCAAAGACACAAACCGAGUUCCUCCUAUUGAACAAGUGACAGCCAGCAAGAGCAAUGCAGACAAAGAUGUCUUGUCUGAAAAGCCACUUCCCCAAACGCCACUCUCCAACGACACAAGCCGAGUUCCCUCUGUUGAACAAAUGGUAGCUAGCAAAAGCAAUGUAGAUAAAGAUGUCUUGCCUGAAAAACCACUUCCCAAAGACACAAAUCGAGUUCCUCCUAUUGAACAAAUGACAGCUAGCAAGAGCAACACAGACAAAUUAGCAUCUGACAUCGAAAAGCAAUUGGAUAAUAUGCACAGCAGCAAGGACAAGCAAUUAAGCAAUGCUUCAAUGCAACAUAUGCAAGGUCCCGUUUCUGAUGAUCAACAUCAUACUGUGCCUGCUCAUGUCAAGUCUGUGAUCUACCAUGACCAUGCAGCUGAAGAUGCACUUCUUCACUCAAAUGAAAAAGACAGUGUUCUUCCUGUACGUAAGGGAUUUGAAAACUUUAGUGGCCUUGGCGUCAAAUGUGUUCCUUCCUCUAAUAAUGACACCCAAUCAUAAUUUCUUUAAUAAAAAAAAUAUUUUUUUUUCUUUGCUUUA